AUGGGUACAUGUGGAAGUAAACCCAAAAAAGUAAAUUUAUAUCGUAUACCGAGGUAGUUAGAGGAAAAAUUUCUUCCAAAAGAGAUUGAUUUAUUGUUCUUAAUAUAUAGUGAUCUAAAUUCUCGAAAUGUAGAAAAUUUAGUUAAUAAAACAGCAUUUACAGACUUUUUUACAAUGAUUGGGUUAUGGGGUGAUUUAGUUUUUGAUUAUUUUAAUAAAGAUGAUGAAAAUGAAAAUCUCAUAAAUUUUGAAUAGUUUGUAAGAGGAGUGGCUUAUUUUAUAAAAUGCGAUGAAGAGUAGAAAAUUGAUCACCUAUUUAAAUUGUAUGAUUUGGAAAAUAUUGGAAUAAUAAAAAAGGCUGAGUUCCUGUAAAUGCUCUAAAACUAUCCAAGAGAGGAUUUAAUAAGGUUAUUAGAUGAUCCAAUGUUUUUAGAAGAUCUUAAGAUUUUAAAGUAUUAUGAGAAAAAAGAGAAAAUAAAUUAAAAAAAGGCUUAACCAUUAAAAGCCGAUGAGCAAGAAUUCACUGAGUCAAUUCAUGCAUUAUAGCGAAGAGGGUCAUAAUAAAGUUAAGAGAUAAAAUCACUUUCUAAACAAUAAUCAGUCGAAUGUUAAUCAAUUUAAUCUAGCCUUCCUAAUUUUAACGAACAAAGCGUGGUUAUGAUGUUUCCAAAUGAAAGUUUGGUUGGACCAAAUGGGGUUCCCAUGGGAUAAUUUGGUUAGAAUAUUUCAUUUCAAAUAAAUGGAAAAUUAGUAGAGUUGAAAAGAGUAAAUAUAAAUUACUUAGUGCGUAAAUACGUUGAUAUGAUUUACAAAAAUAAAGGAAAGCAUGAAGAGGAAUUAUCAAUUGAAGAAUUUAAAUAGUUUGUUAAAUUGCACCCAAAGAUAUUUGAUGGGCUUUAUAAGGCAUUCAAUUAUGAUAUUUGGGGAGUCAAUAGUAGUACUUUAGUACCUCUGUUUGAGAUAGUUCAAAAAGAUCUAGAAGGAUAAUUAAAGAAAGUGAGUCGCAAAAACCCAAAAAUAAUGAAAGAUCGAUACUUUAAGCUGAUAUAGAGAUUUUGCCUAUCUUACAAAAAGCUUGAUUAAUUGAUUCCUUCAAAAAUAUUUUGUUUAGAUGGCUUGACAAUCCAAGAAAUUGUAAAUAGUUAGGAGUAAGUAUAUGGAUUUGAAAUUUCACAUAAAGAUAAGGUAUACCCUUAAAGAUUGUACUAUUGCAAAGACUUCGAAGAUUUUAAGAAAUGGACAAACAGUUUAUAAAUGUUUUAAAAGGCUUCAGUGAAUGAUUAUUAUUCUAUAUUAUAAAAGAUAGGGGAAGGCAAAUUUUCGAUUGUGUAUCUUUGUGAAGAUAAAAAGACAAAAUAAUAAUUAGCCAUGAAGAUAAUAGAAAAGUUUAAGUUAUCAAAAUAAGAAAAGUUGAUACAUGAAGUAGAAAUUAUGAAAUUAUUGAAUCAUUCUUGUAUCAUCAGAUUUGUUGAGAUAAUAGAAACUAAGACUCAUUUAAAUAUUAUUACUGAAGUUGUUAGAGAUGGAGAUUUAUUUGAUUAUAUUACCAAUAAUGAAAAUUUGAAUGAGUAGGAGGCUUCUUUAAUUAUGGGUUAGUUAUUUGAUACAAUUAAUUAUGUUCAUAGUGUUGGAAUAGUCCAUAGAGAUUUAAAACCUGAAAAUAUUAUGAUUGUACUUGAUCAAAUCACAAAAACUGUGAAAUAAGUUAAGAUUAUCGAUUUUGGAUUUGCUAACUUUUUAACUAAUAUUUAAAAUAAAGAAGGUGAAGCUUUAUGUGGAACAACAAACUAUUUAGCUCCAGAAACUUUAUCCUAAAAAAGAAUUGAUUUCAAAGUUGAUAACUUUGCUUUAGGCGUUAUUCUUUAUUUUUUACUUUCUGGAUUCUUACCUUUUGAUGCUUCAUUCCCUGAAGAUAUUAUAAAGAAUAUCUUAGAUGGCAAUUAUGAUUUAAAUGAUAGUUUUUGGUAGCAGAUAUCAGCAGAUGCAAAGGAUUUGAUAACGAAAUUGUUAAUUAUAGAUCCUGAUGAAAGAAUAUCUUUGGACGAAGCAUUGAUUCAUCCGUGGAUUAAAAAUCGUUCAGUGUUGCAAACUAAAAAGGUUUAAAGACACAAAUAGAGAUUGGGAUUAUUUUGA